AUGAAAUUCGCUGCUGCCAUCUUGUCCACCUUAGCCUUGGCUUUGGGUGUCCAAUCAUCAUUGGUUCCUGGUGUUGUUACACAAGUUGCUGGUGGCGGUUUGUCAUACACUGCUGUCUCCUCGCCAGUUGUUGCCGCUCCUUGGCACCUAUAUCCUCACGCUGCUGUCGCCGUUCAUGCUGCCGCUCCAGCUGUUGCUGUACACGCUCCCGUCCCAGCCCCCGUUGUAGUUCCCGCCGUUCAAGGUUCUUAUGUUGCCCAAACACGUGGUGCUGUACACACCGCUCCUUUGGCCGGUCAUGCCAGCUCUGUUGCCAAUGUCAACUUGGCCCCUGCCCCCGGCACUGUUUAAACGAUUGAUUGGCUUUGAUUUAUUGC